AUCACUAGGAUCUGGCAUCUUCCUGUAAUGAUGGAGGCAGCUCUGGAGCAGCACCUAGAGGAGACGAUGAAGAUCCUGUCUAUUGUUGGAAUCUUGUGCACAGAUUCUCAGGGACUUAACUUGGGCUGCUGUGGAAGUCUCUCUGAUGAGCACGCUGGUGUCAUCUCCAUACUCCCACAACAGGCAGCUCAGCUUACAGCAGAUCCCACCGACAUGCCAGUUGUAUGCUUGGAAUCUGACAACGGAACUAUCAUGAUUCAGAAGCAUGACCGCUUGACUGUAGCAGUUCACAAAAUGACAUCCUGAGAGCUUCUCUACUGGGCAGAAAAAUAAAUGCUACACUAGACACUAUCUUCUGUGAAUCUGGAUUUUAAAGAAGGCCCUUCU